CUCGAACGGAUGGUCUGCGUUGCACCACCUUUGGGCUGGAAGGUCCUGCUACGAAGGUGCUCAACUGCUUGUCGCCCAUCGUGAUGAUCGCUGGGCCUGCUCAUUGAACCUUGUUCCAACGCUCAGCCUUUCAAUCCGGCUUCGUCCAGUCCAGUCAUCACGAUGGAGUCGCUCGCGGAUACGCCAUGGGAUGUGACGAUCUCUGGCACUGGAAUGGCCCAGUCACUUCUCGCACUGUUGGUUGCUCUAGCCCAGCGCUAUGUGCUCAUUGCUGAUCAAGUGUCUUGACAGGGCCCUUUCCAGGUCAGGUAAGAACGUGCUCCAUGUUGACAGAAAUCCAUACUACGGUGGUCCUGAGGCAGCCUUCAGCCUUCAGGAGGCCGAAGAGUGGGCUACUAAAGUGAACGAGGGUAGGAGCUCCCAGUCUAAGCGAUCCCAAUGCACUUGCUGACUAGUGUGGGUGAGCUAGAGACCGGGGAGCUCCCUUUCGAAAACGCUAGUAUAUGGUCGGAAACCGUGCCGGGGUCUGACACUCAACUGUCGGCCUCGCGUGCAUACACCCUCUCCCUGUCGCCGCAGCUUAUCUAUACCCAAUCCCAGCUAUUGCCCACGUUGGUGUCAUCCAAGGUGUACCGGCAACUGGAGUUCCAGGCUGUGGGAAGCUGGUGGAUAUACAAACCUGAGGCUGGGGAGGGUAGUCGUCUCUAUCGUGUUCCCGGUAGUCGCGAGGAUGUCUUUGCAGACGACAUGAUCAGCAUGAAGUCGAAGCGAACUUUGAUGAGAUUCCUUCGUCAUCUUGGUCAGUCUCAGAGCGAUACGUCCGAAGAGGGGGGUAUCCCUUCGGAAGAGGAAGGCCUUGAUACAUCUUUGCUUGAGUACCUCACCACGAAGUUUCAGGUACCCGCUGAGCUUCAUGAGCCCUUACUCUCGCUUUGUUUAUCACAAGCUUCUCUCACUCAGACGCCGGCCAGUUACGCACUACCCCGCAUCAAGAGACAUCUGACUUCUAUCGGCGUGUUUGGUCCUGGAUUUGGGAGUCUCUCGGUGAAAUGGGGCGGUGGCUCUGAGAUUUCCCAGGUGGGGUGCCGUGCCCUUGCCGUUGGUGGUGGGGUUUAUGUUCUGAAUACUGGAGUCAAGUCGCUCGAGCAUUCCACAGAGCAGGAGGCCGUUGAAGAUGCGCGCAUUCAGCUUCAGUUGACCAACGACGAACUUAUUAAAACCAAGUUCGUUGUUGGCUCCAACUGGGAUCUUCCUGAGGAAGCUCGCCCUUCUUGCGAGUGUGACAAAGUGGCCCGGUCUAUCUCGGUCGUUUCAUCUCCCUUCGAGAGUCUCUUCCCCGUUACCGCAGAGGGUGGACCAGUCCCUGUAGGAGCGGUGGUGGUGUUCCCGGGAAGCUCUCUUGGUCACGCAGAUGAUUCACCGCCGGUCUGCACUUUGGUCCACUCUAGCGAGACGGGCGAGUGUCCCGCUGGACAAAGCGUCGUUUAUAGCAGUGUCAGCAUACCCGGGCCUGGAGGGCAGUUGAUGAUUGAGAAUGCCGUGCAGAAGCUUCUUGAAAUGGCCGCUGAUCCCAACGCAAAGGUUCUCUGGUCCCUGCGUUAUACGCAGUUGGGCCGAAGCAGCGUUGAUGGCACUCCUGUCCCCAACAUAACCUGCCCAUCCAAGAACGUCAUUUGCCUCCCACCGGCUAGCCUUGACCUUGCAUUCGAUGACUCCUUGAUUGACACGGUGAAGAAUGCCUGGGAGCUAAUCAUGGGGGAGGAGGCCUCUCAACACGAGUUUAUGCAGUUCGAGGACCGCGAGGGCGCCUAUAACGAGGAAUGAUGCGGACUCGCAGAGCGAUCCUCAUGUAAAGAUAUGUAGUUGUUACUUAGCCAUACUCUUAUAAUGUACUGUCUGGCCUCGCAGCCAUU